AUUCUCACGUGUAUAUAUAGUCACAGUCCCACACCCACAUGACAUGUAUUCGCAAUGGACGAGAAGGAGAAGAAAAUCAUGGUAGCCAUCUCCACCCUCAACACCAACCAAUUCUCCCAUCUGAUACACUCUGUGUCAUCGGAGUUCUGGCGUCAACAGAACCACCUCUUCUCCCUCCUCCAAUCUCCCACUCGCUUCCCACUAACUCUUCAUCACCUCCAAACCCUCACUCUUCACCAGAAAACUCUCCUAAUCGCUCGUUAUCUUCUAUCCAUGCUCACACACCUCACACGUUUCUUGGAAACCAAUACACCAAACACAUCCACCGCCCUUAGAUUGAAAGACCUAGAUGCUGCCUUGCUUCUCAUGCUCCUUUGCCAAGUCCACCAACAAGAACCCCAAGCAUUGCAGAGGUUAUCUCCAGCCCAGUGGCGAAGUGUUCUCAUGGACUACCAGCUGGGUAUUAGCUUGUCAACGUUGGGUGGCCUUGGAGGGUCUAGUAGUGCAGUUUUGACUCCGUUUAUUGAUAUCGCGACGAGGUGCCGGACGUUUUUAGAGGCGGCGGGUUGUGGUGAUGAGAUGGAGAGGGAGGUGGCGGCGUCGGUGGCAGCGGUGGUGGCGUUGCCAUCAGUGGAGUUGAGUGGUGGUGGUGGGGAAGAGUGUGCAAUAUGUAAGGAAGAGAUGAAGGAAGGGAGGGAGGUGUGUGAGUUGCCAUGUGACCACUUGUUUCAUUGGAUGUGUGUGCUGCCAUGGCUGAAGAAGAAGAACACUUGUCCUUGUUGCAGGUUUCAGCUUCCGACAGAUGAUGUCUUUGGUGAGAUUCAGAGGUUAUGGGGAGUUAUCGUCACCAAGAGUAGAAUGGACUCUUGUGGAUAGCAGAUCCAAUUCCAAUCCUUCUGAUACCUGAGGAAACUUUUUAGUAUUACUUCUUUAAGAUAUAUAUAUGAUGAAAAACAAUGUUGAAAGGUAUCUAUACUGUAUAAUAAAU